AUUCAUUCAAGCUUGAUAUUUGAACAGAAAAGGAUGUGGGGAUCACUGCCAGCUACGUUCGUCAAGGGUUUCCACGAUGAGGAGCAGGUGCGUCGUAUGGAGUACCGCCAACUGGGAUCCACGGGUCUGCGAGUAUCCAAAAUUGCUUUGGGCGGUGCCACUCUCUCUAAGCUCUUCUCCGAUGACUUUGAUCACGAGGAGGGCAUCCGCACGGUGCAGGAAGCCAUUAGAUCCGGUAUUAACUACAUAGACACAGCUCCCUUUUAUGGCCAAGGCAAAUCGGAGGAGCUGCUUGGCCAGGCGCUCAAGGAUGUGCCCCGGGAGGCUUAUUAUAUAGCCACUAAAGUUGCACGUUACGAGUUGGAUCCAAGGAAGAUGUUCGACUAUACGGCUGCCAAAGCUCGGGAGAGUGUGAAACGGAGUCUGGAGCUGCUCCAGUUGGACAGGGUGGACAUACUACAGGUUCAUGACGUGGACGCGGCACCUAGUCUGGACAUGGUGCUGAAUGAGACCAUACCCGUCCUUGAAGAGUACGUCCAGGCGGGUAAGGCUCGAUUCAUCGGUGUCACCGCCUACGAUGUGGACGUGCUGAAGGAGUGUGCCGAGCGGGGCAAGGGUCGCAUCCAAGUGGUGCUCAACUAUGCCCGUUACACCCUGUUGGACAACACCUUGCUGCGCCACAUGAAGGCCUUCCAGGAGAUGGGCGUGGGCGUAGUCUGCGCGGCCGCCCACUCGCUGGGACUCCUAAGCAACGCUGGACCCCAGUCCUGGCAUCCUGGCAGUCCGGAACUCCUGGCCGUGGGCAAACGGGGAGCCGAAGUCUGCCAGCAGAGGAACGUGGAGCUGGGAAAGCUCGCCAUGUACUAUACGAUGCAACUGGAUGGGGCGGCCACCUUCCUCAUCGGCAUCCCCAACCGAAAGCUGCUGCGGAUUAACUUGGACGCGGUCUUCGACGGUCUCACUCCCCACGAACAGGAAGUGCUGCAGUAUCUGCGCGAAAACGUCUUUACCAAGUCCUACAGCUGGGGUUCCACUUUAUCCACGGUUAACAUGUUCAAAUGAGCGACCACUUGGAUGGGCAAUCUUGAAACUUGAGCUCCAAAACCAAGAAAUAUUUGGAAAUGCAGGAAGAACGGAUUUAAAAUGAACUUUAGAUUAUAAUAUUCAGCUAUUUAUUAUUUAUAACAGUCGGCCCAAAGGAAAUUUUAUGAAAAUUUAUUAUUAAGUUAUUCCGAGAUAGGACCAGCUCAGGUCAUUUAAGAUUAGAAAAUUCACGAGAAGUGUUUCAUUUUUUAAAUGUUGUAUAUAUGUUUUACAAACAAACAAACAGCGGAUUGAUUUAUAUUUGUUUGUCUUGAGAGAUCCAAUGAGAAAGGCAGAGUGAGAGAAGAAAGCCGCUUACAAGCGAUUACUGUUUACUGCAAAACAGAAUUCAUUUGAAGAACCUUUUCAUUUAAGACUACUUUCCCUUAAAAAACUGAAAUCCCUCUCUUGAUUUUAAUUCCAGAAGAGAAAACUAAAGAAUUGUUCAUACACUUGAAUACCGCUCCAAUAUAGAAACUCAUCUCUCUUUGAUAAGAGGCAAUCUGUGAUGUUCAGAAUAUAAGCUAUAGAUAUGAAAUUAAACAGGCAGUACUUCUCUGACUGCCGAUCGAAUUUCAA